AUGUCCCAGGCAGAGAAUACCCCGGCGCCUGCAGAGCAACAUGCGAAGGAAAUGGAUCGCAUGUUGGAUAAUGCCAUGACCCAAACGGAUCAAAGCGAAUCGCAGUUUCAUAAGCUAGGCGAGGUUGUCGAAAACGAGGAUGACAAUGGCGUUGUCGAGGUUGAAAGCCUUUGCAUGAACUGCCAUGAGAAUGGAACCACUCGGCUCUUGCUCCUGCGCGUACCUCACUUCUCUGAUAUCAUAUUGGAAUCAUUCGAAUGCCCCCAUUGCUAUUUCAAAGACAACUCUGUCAAGUCGGCUUCUCAGAUUCGGACAUACGGAUCGAAAUACACUUUGGUAGCAGAAAAUGAAGAAGACCUUCAACGACAGGUCAUCAAGAGUGAUACUGCUGUUUUCAAACUGGAAACCCUGGACAUUGAAAUGCCCAAAGGCGAAAGUCAACUCACCAAUGUGGAGGGAGUCCUUCAGAAAAUACAUUCGACACUUGAAAGCGAACAACCUUUGCGAAAAGAACAAGCCCCGGAGCUCUACAAUUCUCUUCAACCAAUCAUCCAGAAGAUUGAGCAGAUGCUAAAGCGAGAAGCUUUCCCCUUCACAAUUUCACUGGACGACCCCACAGGCAACUCCUUCAUUGCACCUACUACACACGACAGUGGGAACAAAUAUAGGCGCCGCGAUUAUCCCCGGACGCAUGAGCAAAACGAAGAACUAGGUAUUGCAGCAGACCCAGAUGCACAGAAGGCGGAAGAGCAGAUUAUGGUCCAAAGCGCUGGAGAUCCUGAUGAUCUUGAUAUCAUUGACGGUCAAGUAUAUACCCUUCCUGCAGAGUGUCCGGGAUGUGCGAAAUCUUGCGUUGUGAAUAUGCAAAAAGUCAGCAUCCCAUACUUCAAAGAAGUUUUCGUCUGGAGUACCGUUUGUGAUCACUGCGGCUAUCGGACAAACGAAGUGAAGACGGGCGGUGCGGUCCCGGAGAAGGGAAAGCGAAUCACUCUUAAAGUCGAGACCAUUGAGGAUUUAUCGCGUGAUAUUCUCAAGUCAGAUACGUGUGCAUUGCAUAGUGAAGAGCUCCAGCUCGACGUUCAACCCGGUACGCUCGGUGGAAGAUUUACAACUGUGGAGGGUCUUUUGACGGAAGUUCGUGAUCAACUUCAUGGCCAGAUUUUCGAUGUAGGAGACUCGGGUGCCGGAGAUUCCCUGUCUUCUGGUGAUAAGGAGAAGUGGACGCGUUUCUUCGAUCAGCUCGACUCGGCCAUCAAAGGAGAAUUAAAAUUUGUUGUAACGCUUGAAGAUCCUCUCGCCAACAGCUAUGUGCAAAACCUCCACCUUCCUGACGCCGAUCCUCAGAUAAAAGUAGAAGAAUAUACUCGCACUGAGGAAGAGGAGGACGACCUCGGUUUGAAAGACAUGAAGACCGAGGGCUAUGACAACGAUAAGGAAAGCAAAGAAUGA